CCACAGCUGGAGUGAAGACGAUAAAGGGGAAUGAAGUGAUUGAGGGCUGCAGUGCUAGCGACACUCCACAAGAAAAAGAAAAAGAACAAGAAUCCCACUCUGGGGCCAUAGCCAUGGAGACCAGCCAGCUUUCAGAUAUGGCGAACCUAACAGACUAUAAAAUGGAUUCUGGGGAAACCGAGGACCAGAGACGCCUGCUUAGCGAAAGCGAGGAAGAAUGUGACCGAGAACCUUUUGCAGAAUACAGAGGAACAAAAGAGAACAUAAAAACGUCAGUGGAUGAACCAGACGAAGAUGAUGAAAGUGGUGAGGUGAAGAGAGAGGAGGAGGAGACUCACAACUUUGAGACAAGACGAAAUGACUUCAGUCUAACACAGUUACUCAACUCCUCAAGUAUAUUUGGUAGUGAAUCCAUUUGUAAGGUGGAAGACCUGCUUGCACAAGGUCACCUGGGCAACUCUUCUCCAUCAGAAGUGACGGUGACACAAGAGUCCAUCUUGGAGCAGCGCAUCCGAGAGGAGGUCUCCUCAGAUGUCUCAACAGGGUCCUGUCACGACCUUGACCGAGACGACCUGAGUGACUGUCUCCAGGUAGAAAUGGCCAUCGUGUCAUCAGAUAGCGAGGCUGACGACCAGUGGAGGUCCACUUUUGCCUCUACAGUCAACAAGGAGGAAGGUUGUGAUGGAAAUGCUCAAGAGGUGCUCGAGAAGGACAGAGCCGCAGGGGAGGCAGAGAAGUGGGCCAAAGGUGAAACUGGAGAUAGUCCUUGCGUUCUUGAACAACCCGAUUGCCCGACAGAAUGCGAGAUCCAAGACAUGUCCUCUGGCAAGUUCCAGGGCUUAUCCAAAAUUCCAGAGGAUGAAGAAGAGGUCAGCCAAGGCAGGACUCGCAAAGUGAGUCGUUCUACAUCUGCAAGCUCUUCUGCAAGCUGUGACCCCGACAAGAAGGUUCCUCAAGACUACUGUGUGAUACAAGAAAUGAAGAGCAAGAACAUUAGUACAGAGCAUGUGGACUUCCAGGGGGUUCGGAAGCAGUGGCGCCAAAUGGAGGAGCAGACCCAAGGAGAGGUCCAGGUCCACCAGCCCACUGUCAGACAGCAGGGGACGUGCCAGGGAGGUCACAGCGCCAUGUACACACCCGUCAGGAACAUUGACCGACCCAGGAGGGACCCCGAAAUUGACAGCCUUGCCCUUGGUGACUUUCAACACACUCAGUUCAGCCCAUGUUCAGAAGACUCAGGUAUGGAUGACUUCAGCUACAGGUCCCUUUACGAGGACUCAGACAACCCUGUCGAACGGGAGAUACGACAGACCAUAGAGCGUGAGGAGAACUUCAGGCGUGAAAGAGAGAUUGCCAAACAGGGUCAAGCUGGAGAAUCAUCUGCACAUUCCAAAACCCGACCAACUACUCUCUACCCCGGCAAGUACGGCAAAGGCCUUUGCCAUGAGGUGGAAGAGAAACGGAAGAUGUUUGAGUCUAGUGAUCCCGGAUGCAGGCCUUUGAGGUCUCCCAACGCAAAGACCCCAACCGUCUCCAUAUCCACCUCCCCAUCGCCCACACCAAGGGGUGCAACCUACCAUGAGAUGACCGCCCAAAAUGUUAUCAUCCUGGAGCCGGACUCCUACCCCACCAGCCCGAGGCACCGCACCCGGGGAUCCUUGCUAUCUCCGGGGCCCAGCAGGUACAGUGAGUGGCCCUUGGAGACGUCAGCCAAUGUCAUCAUUUUGGAGACGUCCAACCUGAUCAUCCGGAGUGCCUCUGAGUUCUGCCUGAGCUCGGCCUCCUGCCAGGAGACCCAGGAGAGCACAUUUGUCAACAACCCCUUCUUCAAGCUGCGCUCGCGGAGCUCCAUGUCCCUGGUGGACCAGGAGAUUAAGAUGGUGAAGCAGAGGGAGGAGGAGUGGAGGAGGCAGAAGAGCCAGAUGCAGACCAGGGAGAAGUACGACACCGUCCUGGUGUCCCCCAACCUCCUUGAUAACCUGAGCUUUGAUAAAGCAGAAGUGCCACUGAAAUGUGUGUCUUCCCCUUCAUCACCAUCAAGGACUCGAAAGCUGGACCGCUCCACCCUGUCAUGUGACCAUAGGUUCCCAGAAUCCCUCUCCCCAGGACCAAGGAAAAAGAAUGCCAUGGCUCAGAGAUGGGAGGCAGGACUAUUUGUCAACCAUGAACAAGAGUAAUGAACAUCAAACCAGAAUAAUACCGUGUUAUACUACAGAUGCCAACUUCCUGAACUUUUCUAGAUGUUUUCCAGUUCUGCUAUUGAUACAGCUUGAAUAUAUUAUUUACCAGUACUGUAGCUUUAAAGUUGUGAAACAAAAAUAUGUAAAUGAAAUUGUAAGAGAUGACAAUUUAAUGAAGAUAGAUGGACUACCAGAUGCUUUAAGGUGACGAGUACGUUAUAUUGUCCGGUUAAGAUUUUUACAUUUUU